AUGAAUCUCCUACUCUCAGAUGAUUACCUCCUCCAGGACUACCCCGAGAACAUCACAAAUACCAUCCGGUCUGGCCAUGCGACAUGCCUGCGCUUCAAUCGCAAGGGCGACUACCUUGCCUCUGGGCGCAUUGAUGGCACAGUCGUCAUAUGGGAUCUGGAUACUAUGGGUGUUGCCCGCAAGUUGAGGGGCCAUUCUAAGAGCAUAUCCUCGCUGAGCUGGUCGAGAUGCGGUCGGUACCUGUUGUCAGCGUGCCAGGGAUGGAAGGCCAUCCUCUGGGAUUUACAGGAUGGGAAACGAUAUCGCGAGGUGCGCUUCAAGGCGCCGGUGUAUAUAGCAGAGCUCCACCCUUGGAACCACCAGCAGUUCGUCGUGUCCUUGUUCGAAGACCAACCUAUCCUCGUUGACAUCACCGACGCGAUCGCACGAAAACACAUCCUCCCGUCCACGCCGAGACGCGUCAAUGUAGAAGAUGAUGCAGAGAAGAAGGCAAAGCAGGAGAAGGACGAUGCGCGCCACAUGACGACGGUCGCCAUCUACACUGCCUCAGGUGAUCACAUCCUGGCCGGCACGAACAAGGGCAAACUCAACAUCAUCGACGCGCAGACCCACGAAAUAAUAUACACACACCCACGAGUCUGCAGCGGCGUGGUCACCACGUUGAAGCUCACCCGCUCGGGUAGAGAGCUUCUCGUCAACGGGCAGGACAAGAUCAUCAAGACAUUCCUGGUGCCAGACCUAUCGGCGGAAAAUCUAGAUACAGACAGGAUACAGUUGACCAUCGAGCACAAGUUCGAGGACGUGGUCAACAGGUGCUCGUGGAACCAUGUCACCUUUAGCUGCACGGGCGAGUACGUCGUCGCGUCUACGUACAAUAACCAUGAGCUGUACAUUUGGGAGCGCGGACAUGGCAGUCUGGUGCGCAUGCUGGAGGGUCCCAAGGAGGAGCAGGGUGUCAUAGAGUGGCACCCAUCCAGGGCCCUGCUCGCUGCAUGCGGGCUGGAAACAGGGCGAAUCAACAUCUGGUCUGUGACGAGCCCGCAGCGGUGGUCGGCCCUUGCUCCAGACUUCGUCGAGGUCGAGGAAAACGUGGAGUACAUGGAGAGGGAGGACGAGUUUGACAUACAUCCGCAGGAAGAGAUCAAAAAGAGGCGGCUGGAUCAAGAGGAUGAGGCAGUCGAUGUGGUCACGAUGGGCCACGCCGGGGUAGAGCCGCCUGGUGGAUUUCAGAUGCCUAUCCUGUUCAACCUAGGAGACUCGGACAGCGAGGAGGAAUUCGUGGCUGUUUCUACAGGCACCAUGAGGAGGAGAAGUGCCGGCGAGGACGGCGACGGCGGAGAGGCUACUGGUGUGGAGGACAAGGCCGGGAAAAAACCCGGCGCAAGAGGUAGGGCUAGGAAGAAAUAG